AUGUGGUUUGAGGUGGUGGGGGGGUGGUUGGUGGGAUGGUUGAGGUGGGUUUGGGGUGGUGGAGGGUUGUAUGGUGGUUGGUGUAUUGGGGGUGAGUGUGGGGGGGUUGGUGUGGUUGGUGGGGGUGGGGUGGUAGGGGUGGGGAGGUUUGUAGAUGUGGAGGGGUGUGGAUGUAGAUAUGGUAUGGGUGGGUUGGGUGGGGUGGUGUUGGGGGUGGUGGUUGGUGGGGUGGGUGUGUUGGGGUUAUGUGUUGGGAUGGGGGGGGUUGGUAGGGGGGGUGGGGUUUGGUGUGGGGGUAGUGGGUAUGUUGGUGGUGGGUGGUUUGUGGGUGGGUUGUUGGGGGGGGUGUGGUAUUGGAUGGGUGGGAUUGUAGGUUGGGGAGUUGGGGGUUGGGGAUGUUGUAGGGGGUUGGUGUUGUGGGUUGUAGUGGGGUGGGUGGGUUUUGGAUGUGUUGGGGGGGUGGUGGGGGUGUGGAUGUUUGUGGGGUGUUGUAGGGGUUGGUUUGGGGUUGUGGGGGGGGGGGGUUGGUGUUGGGGUUGGGGGGGGUUGGUGGUGUAUGUGAUGGGGGGUUGGGGGGGAGUUGUUGGUUAG